UUGCCACGGCCAACUUUCCAGUGUGACCGGACUCCACCAACAUCUCCUCCUUUCUUCCCACAGUAGGCUACCGACUCCAGCCGCAGGGCCACCGUGUGUCGGUUCUCUUUCUAAUGCCUUCUUUUCUUAACCGUGAUUAGAGAGAGAAGAGAAGAAGCGACGUGAAAGGGGUAGAACAGUGCGAGUGGGCGAAGAGAAGGCAGGGGGAGGCGGUGCAUGGAGUCGGCGGAGCCGUGGAGGGGUGAGGCAAGACCGCCUCAGGCGGAACCGAGUAGGUACGAGUCGCAGAAGCGGCGAGACUGGAAUACCUUCGUGCAAUACCUGCGGAACCAUAAGCCGCCGCUGGUGCUGUCGCGGUGCAGCGGUGCCCACGUGAUCGAGUUCCUGCGGUACCUGGACCAGUUCGGGAAGACCAAGGUGCACGUCCCCAGGUGCGCCUUCUACGGUCACCCGAGCCCGCCGGGGCCCUGCGCCUGCCCCCUGCGCCAGGCCUGGGGCUCCCUCGACGCCCUCGUCGGCCGUCUCCGCGCCGCCUACGAGGAGUCCGGCGGCUCCCCCGACACCAACCCCUUCGCCGCCCGCGCCAUCCGCAUCUUCCUCCACGACGUCCGCGAGAGCCAGGCCAAGUCCCGCGGCAUCCCUUACGAUAAGAAGAAGCGGAAGCGCGCCGCCGCCGCGGCCGGCCAAGGCCACGCUGGAGGUAAGCCUUCCUCCUCCUCCUCCACUGCCCUCAGUGGCGACAGUUCUGAUUCCGGCACCGGCGAGGGUCCCGGUGCCUCCCUAUUAGGCUCCUUUACUUCCUGAUCACUUCUCCAGACUCUCUCUCUCCUCUUCUCCGUUGUUUGUGGCUAAGGAACGAUAAAGGAAAGAAGGCCCGAGAGAUUGCAAAUCGUUUCCUCUCUCAAAGUUCUUUGAAUUGAACGCGAUGACUGUGUUUGUCUACUUCAAUUUAUCUUUCAAUGACAUUCCAUUUGAUCCGACAAAAAGAAUGUUCUCAGUACAUUCAAUGUGCUUCUAUUCCUCUACACCCUAUUCUUCCAACAUCUUCGUACCACGUGUUGUAGCGAUGAAGAGAAAAUUACCGGUCUUCCAAAGAAUCUACAAAGCAAUGCAGACCUUUUGACACCCCAGUCGUCUUCCUGUGUUGGGCAAAAAGAGGUCUUGCUGCAACUAGGUCGAACUCGAGAGGUCUUCAAUGGUCCUCUUCUGGUUCAAGCCCCAGGCCUCCCCACACCUGCGUCUCCUAUUUCUCUCUUCAGUUUGCCGGUGAUAACAGUUUGGUCUUCUCUAGCAGUAGUCUUCGCGCUCUCUCUCUCUCUCUCUAGAUUUCAGCAACAACUAUUUCUCUUUUGGAGUUCUCACUGUAUCUUCUUUGACCUUUUCUACGUUUCUAACAUAUUAUAUUUGCAAGUUACUAUGGCAUUAUUAGUGGUAUCUGUUAUGAUUAAGGUUUUGGUACGUUUGGUGUGUUGAUAAUACAUGGAAUGUAAUAUGGUAUUUUAUAAAAUAAUUAUAUUGGUUGAGUUGUUAUGAGAUAA